GUUCAUUGCCUUUACAAAAAUUUGUAUCAAAAACGAUGUGAACAAUUAGAAAUAUUUCGAAUUUAUAAAUAAUUAUUGUAUCCAACAUAUUGUGUCGAUUUUUGUUAACUUAGAAUUGAGAGUUUUAGAAAUUUUGAGCGUGAAGAAUAUUUGAAAAUUUUAUUAAAAUGUCAAUUGCUUUGAACCGCCAAUUCGUGCACCAAAUACGUGCAAUGCUUGUGCGCAACGCCACAACGGGUGCUUCUUACGCUCUAGCGACGGCUCCUAAACCACAGCCUGAACACUACGAUAUUAUAAUUGGAGGUGGUGGACUUGUUGGUACAACUUUCGCCGCGGCUUUGUCUAAGACUCCAGUACUUGCUGAUAAGCGUGUACUUUUACUAGAGGGAGGACCACCAUUCAAGGGUUUCAAUCCAAGUGCGCCAUAUGGUAACCGUGUUUCAGCCAUCAAUCAGAAUGCAGUUGACUUGUUCAAAACUAUUGGUGCUUGGGAUCGUAUGGAAGCUGCUCGCGUUAAGCCGGUAAAACGCAUGCAAGUGUGGGACGCCAGUAGCGAUGCGCUCAUACACUUCCACAAUGAGCAUUUCGCUGAUAACAUCGCUUGCAUUAUUGAAAAUGACUUGAUGUUGGAAGCGGUUCAUUCAUUGUUACAAGACGCAAAUGCUAAAAAGAACGUUGAAAUACGCAAUGGUGUACGAAUUGAGAAGGUUUCCUUGCCGUCUGAAAACAGCAGUAAUUACUCAGAGGUUCAUCUUAAAACCGGUCAAGUGUAUUCAUGUGAUUUAUUAAUCGGUGCUGAUGGCUUUAAUUCAGUUGUGCGCCAGCAAAUGGGAGUAAAUGUUUUCUCUGUUGAUUACCAGCGUAUGGGUCUUGUUGCAACUGUCGAUGUGAGUGACGCAGAUGACAAUGCUGUAGCUUGGCAACGUUUCAUACCAACUGGUCCAAUAGCUUUGUUACCGUUAAAUGAUAAAACUUCUUCGUUGGUUUGGAGCACCACUCAAGAACAUGCUCGUCAGCUGUGUGAAAUGGGUAACAAGGAGUUCGCAGAUGCAAUUAAUGAAGCAUUCGUGAAGCAAUACCCUAAAAGUGAAUUAAUUGUUAAGUCUUUGAAUGCACUUAACUCUCUAAUGGGUCAGCAACAGAAUCAACAAACAUUGCAUCUACCACCGCGCGUUACUGGUGUACAAGACAAUACUCGUGCAAAAUUUCCACUGGGUUUUCUACAUGCUGCAAGUUAUGUUUCAACUGGCGCCGCUUUAAUUGGUGAUGCUGCUCAUCGUAUCCAUCCAAUGGCUGGGCAAGGCGUCAAUUUAGGUUACAGCGACAUUCGGUAUUUGGUUGAAGCAUUGUCUGAUGCUGUGUACGCUGGCGCGAAGAUUGGUGAUAAACAUUAUCUUAUACAAUACGAAAGGAAGAGCUUAAUUAAGAAUAUACCAAUUCUUGUCGGCGUACAUGGUCUUCAGUCUUUGUAUUCAACUGACUUCAGUCCAGUGGUCUUUUUACGUAGCAUUGGCUUGCAGCUAACUCAUAAUAUACCAAGUAUUAAAAACUUUUUUAUGAAAAGAGCCAUUGGUUAAUUUCAUUUUUUAAAAAUUUGUUAAAAUGCUUUAUUUUUAUAUGUUAAAACAAAUGUGUGUGAGACUUAAAUAAUAAAUAAGACAAUAUAAUGUAAGUGGGGUUGUAUAUAUAAUCUCUUUCGAUUUCUAAAAGAAUGUUCUUAAUAAAAUUAUUGACGAUU